CUUGUUCCACAUUCAGAAUACUCAAUUAAGAAGUAGUACAAAUUUGUAAAGAUGUCUGAAGCUACUGAACAAAAGUUGGAAGUAUCCGAAGAAGGAUUGGGCCAACAGGGAGAUGGACAAAACAUCAAUCUCUCCACCACUUCUGCCCCACCAGGAGAUGACGAUGAUGAUGACGAACCAUCCACUGGAGGUAAGCAACAAAAGGAAAGAAGAAAGAUUGAGAUUAAGUUUAUUCAGGAUAAGUCUAGAAGACACAUUACUUUUUCAAAGAGAAAGGCAGGUAUUAUGAAGAAGGCUUACGAACUCUCAGUUUUAACUGGUACUCAAGUUUUACUUUUGGUUGUCAGUGAAACAGGUUUAGUUUAUACUUUUACCACUCCAAAGUUACAGCCAUUGGUUACCAAGUCUGAGGGUAAGAAUUUGAUUCAAGCAUGCUUGAAUGCACCUGAAGAAGGAUUGGGAGAUGACCAAGGAGAUCAAUCGGAUGAUAACUCACAAGAACAACUGCCUGAACAAAGUCCGGCUCCACCACAACCUCACGAGCACCCUGGAGUAACAGCUGCUCAACAACAGCAACAACAGCAACAGCAACAAGCUGCCGCUGCUGCUGCUGCCCAUCGCCAUGCUCAACAAGUUCAGGUUCAACAAUUGCCACCUGGAGCCCACUUGCCUCAGCACGGCAUGCCAUACCCAGGAGCUGGUCAUCCUCAUGGUGGUAUGCCAUUGCCACCGCAGUCUUUCAGUGAUCCAAAUGUUUAUCAACAGUACUUUUCCAACAUGCAGAACGGUAAUAUUCCUAAUCAACAGCAAUACCAAUAGAUUUAAAGACAAUUUAUUGGCAUGGUUAUUAUGGUGUAGUUUAAUUUAUACAAUUCUUGAGAGAAGAAGAAGGGUAAAAUAUAUGAUACGAACCACUUCUCAUUUAUAAUUGUCAGAUUGUUCUGUUAUUUGUGAAUAUAUGUACAUUAAGUA